AUGACCGUCGGGAACAUGGACAGCGCUGCUCUGUGUGAUGCCGGGAAGAAGGGUCGCGGCCUGGAGGCCACCAAGGAGCUCAGCCCGGGGGAGGUGGUCUUCACCGAGCCCAGCUUCGCCGCCGUGGUCUUCGACAGCUUCUUCUCGCAGGUUUGCCACGGCUGCUUCCGGCGCCGGGCCGACCUGCUCCGCUGCGCUCAGUGCCGCUUCGCCCACUACUGCGACCGCACCUGCCAGACGGCGAGCUGGGACGAGCACAAGCAGGAGUGUGCCGCCAUCAGGAAGAUGGGCAAGGCGCCUGGCGAGCACGUGCGGCUGGCAGCUCGGGUUCUCUGGCGGAUUCACAAGACCAAGGGCGUGGCCUCGGACAGUCAGCUGGUCUCGGUGGAGCAGCUGGAGGAGCACGUGGCCGAGCUGCCGGAGGCGGAGCUUCAGCAGCUCCAGGCCGACGUCAGCACCUUCUCACAGUUCUGGUCCCAGAAGAAGAAGCACUCGGCUGAAGACAUCUCACACAUCUUUGGCAUCAUCAAGUGUAAUGGCUUCACUCUGAGCGAUCAGAGAGGUCUCCAGGCCGUGGGCGUCGGCCUCUUCCCGAACUUGUGCCUGGUGAACCACGACUGUUGGCCCAACUGCACCGUCAUCCUCAACCACGGCAACCAAUCAGCUCUGAGUUCAGCUCUGCAUUCUCAGAGGAGGAUCGAGCUCCGGGCUCUGGAGAGGAUCCCUGAGGGGGCGGAGCUGAGCGUCAGCUACGUGGAUUUCCUCAGCCUGUCCGCCGAGCGCCAGAAGCAGCUGAAGGAGAGUUUCCACUUCGAGUGCACCUGCGAGCACUGCAGCCAUCACACCAAGGACCAGCUGAUGACGGCGGCGGCCGAGGGAAGCAAAGUGAGUGAGACCCGACUCAACGCUCAGAUCCAGGCCGAGGAGGUGAAGGAGGUGACGGCCUUCAGCAGAGAUUAUCUGGAGAAGAUCGAGACGUCUCGCGUUGAGGGCGAUUACCAUCAGGUGGUGAAGCUGUGCGCUGAGUGUCUGGAGAAGCAGGACAAGGUUCUGGCCGACACGCACCUCCUCCACCUGCGUGUGCUCAGCGUGGCCAGCGAGGUGCUGUCCUACCUGCAGCGCUUCUCUGAGGCGGCGGACUACGCCCAGCGGAUGGUGGAGGGAUACACGAAGUUGUAUCACCCUAACAACGCCCAGCUGGGCAUGGCCAUCAUGCGGGCGGGCGUCACACGCUGGCACGCCGGUCAGAUCGAGGCGGGACACAGAAUGAUCUGCACGGCCUACGGGAUCCUCAUGGUCACACACGGACCCAACCACGCCAUCACCAGAGACCUGGAGUCAAUGCGAGCGCAGACGGAGGUGGAGCUUAAGAUGUUCCGUGAGAACGAGGUGGCGUACCACAGCAUGAGGGACGCCGCUCUGAAGAGCCCGCCCAUCACAGCAUGA